GUCAAUGUAUGCUCGCUAACACUCGCAACUAUAGUGCCCUUCGAAGUUCUCGCGGAAAUAACUUGAAGAAAGCACAGAAGCGAAACAGUGGCGGUGGUGCCAUUUCAGGCUCCUAAUAUCUGUUGCUUGACUACUACACUCAGGUUUAUAUACCUGCCAGUAUUAUUGCUUUGCUCAACGCAGGACAAGAAGAACAACUCAGAGAUCGUGAAAAUUUGAACUCGGUAUUCAUGCCUUCGAUCCAUAGCGCGCAGAGUGAUCAUUCCAUUCACACUGUGCCAAGUUAUCCUCCAUCCCCCAAUGUGCAAAGUGAUGAAGACGAGAAAUAUAGAUCGAUAUCCUCUGGCUCUGACAUUUCAGAGGACUCGGAGCCAGACGCUGAGAAUAUAAAAUCAUUUUCGGCGCGUCGGCGGCGAAGGCGGGGAAAGCGAAAGACUAUGGGUAUUCCACAAUCCGGUUAUCAGUUCGAUGGUGUGUCUUUUAUUGUCAUACCCGCUUCCUACUCAUUUGAUAACGAAGAGAAUGGACGUCAAGAAGGCGAGAGCAAGGGGAGCGAUCCCUUUGAUUACCAGCACAAAUUCCCGGAUGAUAAGCAACAUGAAGAGCUUGGGUCAACUGCUAAGAUAUGGAGAACAUACCUUGAAGAAUGCAGCGCCUUUGAUCUUGGAAUGGUGGAAGGAUGGAGAGAUGCUCUGGAUGUUCUACUGGUUUUCGCUGGACUUUUCUCGGCAGUGGUCUCCACCUUUCUCGUCCAAGCAACACAGAGCCUACAGAUCGACUACAGUGCAGUCACUGCAUCCCUUCUCAUCGAGCUCAUCAACGUCCAGCGAGCUGCCGCCAAUGGUUCCGUCGUGAACAACGUCCCUUCUACAGACCUCGCAUCUCGUCCCUCGGCAUCCGGCUCAUGGGUCAAUGGGUUAUGGUUCACUAGUCUCGCCCUCAGUCUCGGCACCGCCCUCUUUGCUGUUCUGACGAAACAGUGGAUCCACCAGUACCUGCUCGUUCCCUCAGGCACGCCUCGCGACAAAUGCCGGGUGCGCCAUUUUCGAUACAUGGGGCUGCGACAGUGGCGUGUGGAUUUCAUAAUUGGCCUACUUCCUGUCCUCAUGAGCUCUUCGCUUGCUCUGUUUCUAGUGGGACUUGUCAUAUUCAUUGUCCCACUACAUGUUACCAUCUCGUGCGUCAUCGGAGCUCUCACAUUCAUAUCAUUUGCUGCAUAUGGUGUGACUAACUUCCUCCCAAUCUUGUAUCUCGAGUGCCCUUAUAAGACACCUUUGUCACACUACAUGUUUCCCUUCUAUUCCCACAUCUAUAAUAUUCGCGACAGCUUUCGCAAGUGGGUCGCUGCUCCUCUGGCAUCCACCAGGCAUUCCGAAUCUGGGUCGGCUUCACCUCCACCUCCACCUCGCACGCUCCGCAAAGCCGAGCGUUCUACGGUCAAACUCAACUCAGAGGAAACCGAUGUCCAUGCAAUGUCUUGGCUGUUCCAUAUGACUUCCAAUCCUAGUGUAUGGUCGGUUGUAGUAGAGUCAGUAGGUGCCCUGCCGCUUACAUCCGUCAAGACCUUACGGCAGGAGAUUGAUCAGAUCUCCUUCAUAUGCUACGAGGCGCUUCAGGGUCUUUUGUCGCAAGACGACGACGACGUUCAAGAACGUCGAAUCGAUCGUCUCAUCCGAGCCCUCCUACGCUUCCCAGAGUGGUCCAGCCGUCUGUCUAUACCGGCUUCUAUCAAGGAGCGUUUCUCCCCUAGUACCUACGUAGAACUUCUCUCUCUACAGACUGGCUGCCAUGAUGAAGUAAAAGAUUUGGUUCAGUUUAAUCUAACUUCAAACGAUAAACUUCUUGACUUACAACCUAUCGUUUGGGCCUAUCUGCUCAAGCAACUUAUGCCGUUUGAUGCCGCCGACUUCGACGUAGCCCGAUUGCUUUUGCUCCAUCUCCCGGAACAUGCCUGGGCUUCAGGCUUUACUUUCCCUCCCAUAACUUUCGAAUGGAACGGGGUGGAGGUCUGGGACAAUAUGCCUCGCGAUGGUGUCACGCUUACUGGAGCCAUUGAACAAUUUCUCUACCCCUCUAUCGCAAAUGCCAUCUUCCUACGCUCAGCGCAAAUCGAAGACGCUGUAUCGAAUGAUGACCCCAACCCGGAGGCUGGGCCAGAGCCGCAACUGGACCCGCGAAUCCGUUUCCUCCUGAACACAGUCCGCUGGCCCGAAAUUCGAAGGAUAGUCGUCGCCGAUGACAAUGAUGAUACUGCCCUCGAAUGGGUUGUAGAAAAAAUAUCCAUAUUUUUUGCUAUCGACGCCGAGUCGUUCGACCUUAACAGUGACACGCCCACGUCUGAUUUAGACAGGAAUCGUUAUGCCAUCCUGAAAGCACUCUAUCCACUGAUCUCUUUGCCUUCCUCAUCCACCUUCCGAGAUCAGCGUAACCUGCUCGCAGUCUUCCUUCGUCUCCUCAAAUCCACAUCGUGUUCGCCAGAUUUUCUCGGCGAAAAUUGGUGUACACCCGAACUAGCUUCCCGGCUGGUCCAGAUUGCAUUUGAGGGCGAAGCGUGGAUCUGGCCAUAUGAACUACGUCUUGAUGAUCCUGCAUGUGAACUCGUCAACUACUUUUUCCGAUCUAUCAUAUUCAUGGACCAUACAUUUGCACACUUUGUCGACAAGCAACUCUUCACGACUCUCAAUUGGUCAGGCAGACCAGAAAUCAUGGAAUCGAUAGUCGUUGGACUGGCAUCGGCGAGACGCCGGCUGCCUCAGCAGGUAUAUGAACAAUAUCUUGACAUCUUACAUGAGCCGCAGAAUUUGUUCACCUCUUGCGCUGCUCUCAUUGUCCGAGGUCAGCGAAAGACGCUUCGCCAACUGGCGCUAUUUCGCCGUCGGGAUCCAGCCUGGGCCGCCUGUUUGAAGAGGCUACGCGAAUAUUAUGAUGACCGGCCUCCACCUAUUUUUACGGAGUUUGAAGCGUUCGUCACAGGAUCCUGCGUUGGAGAGUUUGGGUUGAAUGGCCGCUUCCGGGACGAACGAAUGAGCUUUAGUUCCGACCGAGACAGUAGUAACAAUCCUUGUUAGUGCAUCAUUACAACAAGCGUUGUACCCUUGCCCUUCUCGGGCUAGUUGAUGUCCAUUUUCUCAGCCAGUUUUGUCUGCUCGCUACAUCGAGCCAAAAUCAUUUUGCUCGAGUGCGACUGCCUGUUCUUCAAGCCGUAUUGCAAAGCAAACUUCCCCCUCCUCGAUUUGUGUGACACUAAAUUCGAUAUAUCAUGUCUCUGUGCUGGAUUUAGCUUAU